UGCGUUUUUCGGCUCUUACCCUCUGUUACUUGUGUGGUGGGAUGCAAUAGUUAGCAAGUGUUGAUUAGUCACUCAAAUUGUAGAUUUUUAACGGAUUAUAAGAUCCUCCACAUACGCAGACAUGGAGACGGAUCUCUAUGAUGAGUUUGGAAAUUAUAUCGGCCCAGAGCUGGACUCUGAUGAGGACGAUGAGCUUGAUGCCGAAGACAGAGAUGUGGAUGAGGCAGAUGAGGAUGAGGACGAUGAGCAGGGUGAAGGGGAUGACGACGUCCCCGGUAUGGAGGUUGUCCUGCACGAGGACAAGAAGUAUUACCCCACAGCAGAGGAGGUCUACGGACCUGAAGUGGAGACCAUCGUUCAAGAGGAGGACACGCAACCUUUAACAGAGCCCAUCAUAAAGCCGGUGAGAACCAAACAGUUUACACUGAUGGAGCAGGAGCUGCCGGCAACUGUAUACGACAUGGA